UCCCCAAAACCAAUUUACUUCCAAAUGGAGGUUCGCUGCGUUUAACCCUCCGAAGGUGUAUAUCAUCUUGUAUGGGUCUUCUGUUGAACAUCCUAAUGAAGUGUUGGGGUUCAUAAGCUGGAUAUCUAGCGUACUCUCGUCUAAGGUCACCUAUGAGAUUCUUUUGUACAGUGAAGAGAUGGAAGGAGCCCUUCAGGGACUCCUAUGAGUACAGUCGCUUGUUACAGCGUUAUGGAGGGACCAAAGGCCUUGAAGUUAUUCAUGCUCAGAUAGUCACUGGUGGUUAUGAGCAGAAUCCCUUUCUGGCGGCGAAACUGGUGAGUCAAUAUGCAGACCGUGGUGAGUUGAGUAUGGAAGAUGCAAGGAAAGUGUUUGAUCGUGUGUGCGAGAGAGAUAUUCUAUUGUGGAAUGUGGUCAUCCAGGGCUAUGCCAAUUCGGGCCCGUUUGUGGAAGCUGUGAACAUGUAUGAUCAGAUGCGUAGGAGGGGAAUAUUUACAAAUCGAUACACGUUCCCUUUUGUGCUCAAGGCUUGUGCUUCAUUAGGGGAUGGAAAGAAGGGUGGGGUUAUCCAUGGUCAUGUCGUCAAGGUUGGUUUGGAGGCUGAUUUGUUUGUGGGAAAUGCGUUUGUUGCAUUUUAUGCCAAGUGCAAAGAAAUCAAAAUGUCUCGGAGAGUUUUUGAUGAAAUUCAUAAUAAGGAUCUUGUGAGUUGGAAUUCUAUGAUUUCUGGUUAUAUGCAGAAUGGAUUUGCUAACGAAGCUCUCAUCAUUCUCCACCAAUUAUUGUGGGAUGAUACGGUUGGCAUGCCUGACCACGCUACUCUUGUUAGUGCACUCCCAGCUUGUGCCCAAGCAGCUUCCAUCCAAGAAGCAUUUUGGAUUCAUUCUUACAUAAUAAAGACAGGAAUGAAUGUGGAUGCUGCUUUGGGCAGUGGUCUAAUAACUGUGUAUGCAAAUUGUGGCUGCUUGGACACUGCUCGGAAACUUUUCGAUAAAUUGUCUGAGAGGAACAUCGUGGUGUGGAAUGCGAUGAUAAGGUGUUACGGGAUGCAUGGCCAUGCCCACGAGGCGAUUGACUUGUUCUCAAGAAUGGUAGAGACUGGUGUAAAACCAGAUGGUAUCAGCUUUGUUAGUGUGUUAUCUGCAUGUUGCCAUGUGGGGUUGGUCGACGAGGCCUGGAAGCUUUUCUACAAAAUGGAAGAUUAUACAGUUGAGAAGAAUGAUGAGCAUUAUGCUUGCAUGGUAGAUCUGCUAGGCCGAGCAGGUUAUCUUGAUGAGGCAGUCAAAUUUAUUGAAAACAUGCCUGUGGAGGCUGGCAAGAAUGCCUAUGGGGCCUUACUAGGUGCUUGUAGAAUUCAUAAUAAUAUAGAACUGGGGGAAGAGGUUGCUGAAAGAUUGUUUGUUCUUGACCCUAACAAUGCAGGGCGAUACAUAAUUCUAGCAAAGAUGUACGAGGAUGCGGGUCGAUGGGAGGAUGUAGCUAGAUUGAGAAAGGUUAUGAGACUGAAGAAAAUUAAGAAACCACUUGGAUGCAGUACUAUUGAGGUGGACAAUGUGAUCCACACUUUUGGAGUGGAGGAUGAGUCGCAUCCAAUGACGGGCCAGAUUUUUGACACGCUGGAAAGAUUGGAAGUACUUGUGGGGGAAGAGAAGGCUAUAAUUUGAACUUGAAAACUAAAGCAAGCAUCUCUCCGGCUGCCGCUGUACCUAACAGUUCAGUUCAGUUC